AUGGGUCUCUUUGACAAGAUCAAAAACAAGCUCGACAGCGGCAACGACGGAGGCUCGCCCGCGGGCAACUACGCGUUCCCUCCAGCCCAGGCUCCUCCUCCUCUCGAAGCGAGCCUCGCCCGCUACCGCCGGCAGCGAGGUAUCAACCUGGGUUCGUGGUUUGUGACUGAGAGCUGGCUCUCCACCAAGCUGUAUGCCUCAACAGCAGUGGACCCCAAGGGCUCGGACUUUGACCUUGCCCGCGGCAAGGACGCAAAGGCGGCCAUGGAGCACCACUGGGACACCUGGAUGACUGACGACGACUGGCACUGGAUCAAGCAGCGCGGUUUCAACAGCGUUCGCCUGCCGAUCGGAUACUACCACCUUGCUGGUGUGCUGCCAGACGUGCUUCGCGGCACCGACUAUGAGCGCUAUGCGGACGUGUACACGGGUGCUUGGCCUCGUAUCCUCGGUGCCAUCGAUAAGGCUGCGCAGUUUGGUCUUGGCGUGCUUGUCGACUUUCACGCGGCGGCUGGUGCUCAGAACACUGACGGUCACUCGGGCAUGUCAGAGGGCAAGGUCAGGUUCUGGGACUCGAACAAGAACCUGGCGUCUACGUCGCUGGCGCUGCGCUUCCUCGCCUCGCAGCUGUCACCAAACCCGGCGGUCAUCGGUCUCGAGAUUCUCAACGAGCCGGCCAACAACCAGCGCCUACAGGGAUGGUACGAGUCGACGCUCAACGAGGUGCGCCAGGUCGCCGAACCCGAGUUCCCCAUUUAUGUUUCCGACUCGUGGGCGACGGACCACUAUGCGCCGUGGGUUGGUCACCGUAAUGACUUUGUGGUCCUGGACCACCACCUGUACCGCUGCUUUGACGGCCCGGACAAGCAGUUGAACGGCUACCAGCACGCAGGCAAGCUGCAGCACGAAUUUGCGUCAACCUUCCUGGGCCAGGUCGGGCAGGCAAGGGGCAACGUGGUCGUGGGCGAGUGGUCUGCUGGCCUCGACGAGAGCUGUCUUCCGCACGACACCCCGGCUGGCGAGCGUGAUGCCCAGAAGCGCGCCUUUGUUGCAUCGCAGCUCCAGCUCUUCGAAAACACGGGUGGCUACUUCUUCUGGACGCUCAAGACCGACCGCGACUGGGACUCGGGAUGGAGCGCACGUAAUUGUGGCCAGGCCGAGAUCCUACCAGCCACGGUAGUGCUCAAGAAGUUCAACCCGCCCCCCGACGGCGCCCGCGACACCAUGUGUCGCCAGGCGACUGACUCACAUUGCAACUAUUGGCGCCAAAACAACGGCAACCCCAAUGGCCAUGCGUUUAGCUCCGGAUUCUCUCGCGGAUGGGAUGACGCGCUGCUCUUCCUCACUUCUGAGGGCCAGAACGAGCUUGGCUUUGUGGACCAGUGGGCUCGCCGCCGCAAGUGGGAGUACGAGCACUACUCGGGCCCGCUCGGCAACGAGGGGUGGCAGUACACCGACGCCUUUAACCAGGGAGUCAAGGCCUGUCACUCGCAGGCUCUCUCGUAG